UUGUUUUUUUACAUGCUCUGCUUGGAUGGCAACAGGGAGGAGGGAGGUGAUGCUUCGGCAAAAGAGGAGAAUCACUCCAAACCAGCCCUACUCAAAGGACUGGUUUCCAAAGGGUUGUCCUCUAGCCGCUUCCUGCCCAAGGGCACCAAGACGAAGGUGAAUUUGGAAGAGCAGGGAAGGCAGAAGGUCUCCUUUAGCUUCAGCAUGACCAAGAAGCCGCUGCAGAACCGCUUCUUAGCCCCACUCAGUCCAGAAAAACCUGCUAGUGAUUCCCAGAUCUCCGUUUUGACAUCUGUGGCUGUGUCUGCACCCACCCAGGAUAAAGUAGGGCAGCAUCCAGAAAGCAGGAGUGAGCAAAUUGAGCCACUGUCACUUGUAGCAGAGUCCAUAACACCCUCACCUUUUGUGCCCUCGCCCUUAAAACCGAAAUUGGACCUGGGGAAAAUGCACUUCAAAAAACAGCUUCUCAGUGUCACGGCUAAACUUGAAUCCACAGGAGAGAAGGAGGAACCUCUGCUAGUUCCAAGCAUGGCAGUGGGAGCGCCUUCUGAGGCAGAGCUGCAAGUGGAACUCAAAACUGCAGCCAAAGCUGAAACGGAAUCCCAGACCCCAAAUGCUGUUGAGCACAGCACCCUAGAAGACUCUGUAAAGGAGAAGCCAGGCCUCUGUCAACAGAGCCCAGGAAAUACUUCCCAUAUUGGGAAAGAGGAAAAUGAUACAGAAGGUCUGAAAAAUGUGCAGUGUACAGAAACCUCCGACCCCAGGAAAAACCAGCCUCAACUAGAGAACACCCUUCCUGGUUCUGAGUCUGAUGGCGAUUCAGUGCGGACGUCUUCCAGCCACAAGUCUGGUGAUAUCAAAAGCAGCACGGCACAUGCAGAGAGCAGAAGUAAGGAAGUUAAGAGGAACUCCUCAGUUUCUAAAGGAGAAGAAUCUGAGAAAUCCUCUUAUUCCCGCACCAGGUCUGAAAAGGAUGACCGUCACUCGAGCUAUUCAAAGUCAGACAGGGAGUCAAGACACACAUCAUUACGGUCUUCUCGAUCAGAGAGACAGAGGAGGAGGAGUAGGAGCAGGACACGCUCCCGGUCCAGAGGCUCUAGAAAAAGCUCUUCGUACUCUAGAUCUGAGAGGUCAUUGAGAAGUGAAAGGUCAACCAGGUCAGAGCGAUCACAUUAUCAUGAUUCUGAUCGGCGAUCCCAUCGGAGCACCCCACACAGGGAGAGGAGUUGUUCAUCCCGUUCCCGAACUGACAUAAGAUCCCGAGACAGUUCAGAGUCUGAGGAUGACCACAGGAGGACUCGUUCCCGGGGCAGUGACUCCAAAAGAUCCUCUACCAAUUCCAUCUCCCACAGGGAGUCCAAAACCACCACCACCUCCUCUUCUUACUCGAAAUCCGAAAAGGACUGUAAAACAACAGAACCGUCUCACUCAUCAGAGACUGAAAAAAAGAUGCAAUCUAACUCUAGGUCUGAGAGAGACUCUAGAAGGAAUGUGGACCUGGAGUCCAUCAGAAAGACUUCUCCUGAGAUGGAACUAGACCGCAGGAAGUCCAAUGCUGGGUCCAAAUUGGAGAGCAGUGUGAAUUCAACUCAUUCCAAACCCAGAACCCGAUCUCAGACAUCAGAGAAAGCAUCCCAGAAAAUGACCUCUAGCUCAGAAUCAGAAGAGGAGCAAGAGAAAUCUCAGUUGCACAGUUCAGAAACAUCAUCCUCUGCCUCAGGGUCAGAUGAGAGGCAAACCACAUCUGCUAGUAAGAUGGAUAAACCUGAUGUGAAAAGAUCAUCAUCCCCCAAGCCCACAGAUCUGCAAAAGCCAACCACGGAGACAAAUAAAUGUGUUCAGGAGACCGAGAGACAAUCAAUGGGCAAGUCAAGUAGUCCCAAAACAGUGACAUUACAGUCAGAUACCAACAAAUUGUGUUCACAGACAGAAGAUGGAGGAGGAAUGAAAGAGUCCUGCCCCACAAACAAUAGUCAGUGUAAUGAAAUGGACAGUAAACAAUGCUGCCAUGAUGCCACACCCUAUUUGAAAGACUUUCAAAACCUAACUGUGCCUGAACCUGGACUCACUGAUUCCUCAUUAGCUCAGGACUGUAAACAAAGUGGCCCUCCUGACAAAAUUAAGUCUUUCAUUAAGAUUGAAAAACUAUCUACAUACAGUUUACGUUCUCACUCUAAAGUGCAAAAGUUCGAUGUUGCAAAAGAACUUGGUGAUCUCCCUUCCCCAUCCAUGCCUGACCUACAGAACGUCCAGGCUCUGGAUACAAAUAAGGCUCUUACUAUGUAUGAUGAUACUGAUGUUGACUCACGGGAGCCUAAAGCCCAGCCAUCUGCUGAAAGUUCUCAACAGGAACAUCCAGAUUGUCCAGGACGUGAUAUAGACUCUUCUGCACUUCCUCAGUCCUUAGUUGAUAACAGGGAAGAGACGGCUACAGCAUCAUGUGAGAUCCCUGUUGACUCAUGUGUGACAAUGGUCAGCUGCGAACAACCUUCCAACCUUGGCAGUCUAUGCAGCUCUUUGGAUAAUGUGCCAUUGUCUAAUGUAUCAUCUACAGAGAUUAGUUUGGAACACAGGACAGGUGUGCUCAAGACUGCUGAAGAAGACAAGACAGUAAUAAAUGUGGAAAGGGUUUGCAUGGAAGAAGAUGUGGAAGUUACAAAUGACCUGCCAUCUCACAUGACAAAGUCAUCCCCGGAGGGCAUUAAUGUUGGUAAAGACAUAGCUGUUGGAAACAUUCAGAGACUUCCAGAAUUAAAACAAGACAACCAGCAUUCCCAAACGUCUCUAGAAAUAUGCACUGAUGAGCAAUUAAUACAGAAAGAGUCUCCCUUAACCAACUGCAGUGCCUUUUCCAAAGAUGAACCAUCAUUGUGCAUUGAGGCACUUUACCUGAGAGGCUGUGAUUCUCCUACUAAGUCAGAAAUUCCUAAUAAUGCUGACUCCCCUUAUAGUGGACUUUCACAUUGUAAUACCAGCACGUAUAAACUAAUUUCCUCUGACAGAGAAGAGACUGGGAGUUUACAGUCUAGCACUGUUUCUCUGGAAGAGGGAUCCUUUUCGAAGGUCGAUAGUUGCUCAGUUAAAGAUUUAAAUCUCACUCUUAAUGAAUUUGCUAGUAGUAACGUUACAGAACAAAAAAAUGCACCCAUUUCAAAACCAACAAAAGGUAAUGUGAAAAAAUCUCGCUGGGAUAUAGUUGGACAGGAGACAUCAGAUCAAGAAACCUCACCAAGAAGAUCCAGACUGGAGACCAAACCAUAUAUUAAAAAGGUAGUCUCAGUUCGCAGGAUACACCUGUCAAAAGACUCAAACCCAGACACUAAAGAGAUUUGUAUGAAAGAGGAACCAAUUUUCAAACAAGAAUGCCCCGUAAUAGUGGAACAUAACUUGAAUGAGGACCACGUAAAUGUAGCUGGUCUAUUUUCGGCAGCCAAAGUGGCAGAUGUGAAAACAGAAGAAACUGUUGACCAAGCAGAUAGCUCCCUGGUGAGGCAGCAGAAGAAUAUCUCCGAUAUUAAAUCCAAGCCAGAGCCAUUAAACGCACCCACGCAGCCGUUCUUUGAGGACGAUAGUGAUGCAUUUAAAAACAAUGAGGAAGAAAUGGUUGUAGGGUGCAGCACCGUAAAUGAUCCCCACGGAACUCAGCUGCCUUUGGUUGCAAAUGAAGAAGGAUUAAAGAAGGAAGAGGAGGAGGAGGAUAUGGUAAGACAAAGGCAGUGUUUGUGGAAGAGCAAGCCAGACAGCAGCAACAUGUCCUUAGAACGUGAGGGCGAAGAUAGUGAGGACAGUGAGACAGAGGAGUCCGAUUUGGAUUCGGACGACAGUGGUGUUCCCAGGAACCGGCUGCAAUCAGUGGUUGUUGUGCCAAAGAACUCCACUUUGAUCAGUAUAGAGGGCAGAGCCAUCAUAACACCCUCAUCAAGUCCCAGUAACAGCCCUGGCCGACCCUCUUCAGACUGGGCCGAGCACAGCUGGACUGAGCCUUUUGGCCGGGGUGCAGAUAGGGAUGGAAGUGGGGAGGGAACUCGGAGGGACACAUCCAGGAGUCGAAGUGUCAGCCCCGAGAGAAGGCGACGAGGGGGUCCCGUCAAGAUGUCAGAGAGUUGCAAGCGGGUUCAUGAAGUUCCCACUGCAGACACAAUUUCAUUCCCCCAGAGUACAGGCUACCCUUCACAAAGCAAUAUGGUGGACAGCACCAGCCAGUCUGAAGCAUCGCGAGCUCACUGUUCUCAGCACCACACAAAACCCACACAGACCCAUGGCCAGGAUAAACCGAAGACCUUGACUACACUUGGCUCGGUCCAUGACCCUCAGAACUCUUGGGGUGAAUUGGACCUGGGAGACUCACGGCACUAUGAGAGGCCCGACAGCUGGCAGGGGAGGAAGUGGGGGAGGAGGUUACCCCGCUACCAGCCUGGGGACUUCACCAGGGCCGAUGGGUUCUGCAACAAGGAUGACUAUAAUCUGGGCUGGGAUUACACUCAGGCAGAGCAGCCCACCAGUACGUACCAGCAGCCAGAUAGCAGUCAUGGAGUCCAUCUUGACAAAACCUACCAACUACAACAGCAGCAGCAACAGCAAAAUCCCCUACAAGAAGUAAUCCCUCUGACUGGACAGCCUUGGUGGCAAGACAAUGGCUACUGGGCACCCCCGGGGCCCCAGAGCUGCAGGCCUGUGUGUCCACCUAUGGCUUUGCAGUACCGGGAGUCUGUGGGCCAGGUACAUCCCGAUUCACUGACCAAUGACUAUGAUGAUGAGAGUCGAGGUAAAUCAGGCCCCAGCCUGACCAGCCUUUUGGACAGCAGUGUUUCAGCUACAGCUCCCUGUGAUCCCCCUCCCUCUGCACCUUCCUCUUUCGUCCAGGCAAAUGAAGUCAGCAGCAACUGUAGAGGGCCUAUCAGUGCUGCUCCAGAGAGCUCGGCCAUUUCAGAGGCCCCCAGGGAAGAAAGUUGCAAGCCCCACAGGGGUAGAGGACCCCCCAAGAAGAGACGUCCAGAGCUGGAGUCGGACUCUGAGAAUGAAGCAGAAGUGGGUCCCUCCAAGAAGGAGCGUUUAAGGGAGGGUGAUAACUCAGGAACCUCAGUCGCAUUAUUGGAGACCCCAUCCCAGAUUCCAGAGGCUGUCUGGCCUCAUCUCAGUUUGCAGGACUUCCUGGACCCAGUUACCUGGAAGGAUAGAGCCAAGAUGGGGCAGAUGCCACCUUACUUUGACCUGAUUGAGGAAAACCUCUACCUCACUGAACGGAAGAAGAACAAGUCUCACCGGGACAUCAAGAGGAUGCAGUGUGAGUGUGCGGUGCUGCCGAAGGAGGAGCGAGCGCAGGGGGCGGUGGCCUGCGGAGAGGACUGUCUCAACCGCCUGCUGAUGAUUGAAUGUUCUUCGCGGUGCCCUAAUGGAGGGUACUGCUCGAACCGGCGGUUCCAGCGGAAGCAGCACGCGGAGUUUGAGGUCAUCCUGACAGACAGCAAAGGCUGGGGUUUGCGGGCGGCGAAGGACCUGACACCCAAUACCUUCGUCCUGGAGUACUGUGGGGAGGUGCUGGAUCACAAGGAGUUUAAAGCCCGUGUGAAAGAGUAUGCCCGCAGCAAGAACAUCCACUACUACUUCAUGGCCCUGAAGAACAAUGAGAUCAUUGAUGCCACGUUGAAAGGGAACUGCUCUCGGUUCAUGAACCACAGCUGUGAGCCGAACUGUGAAACGCAGAAG